AUGCAGCUCACAAACUUGUUCGUUCUUGCAUCCGUCACCCUGGGCGCUAUUGCUCAGUACGACGACCGUCUCUACAAUGAGGCUGCCUACGGGGGUGCUUUCGACUACACAAACGCCGAAGAAGUGGCCGUUGCAUAUGGAGCACCUGGACAAGAAGAAGAGAUUCUUGCACCUAACCAAUGUAAAGUGCUUAAAGCCGGCGUGUAA